GUGAUCUCAAAAGCAAAGGCCUGUCCAUCGGCCCUGGCCACUUCACUCACAUCCAAAACUUCAAGCGACCAUCCGAAGCCUCGCCGGCAACCAUGCACACGUUUGCGAAGCUCAUGGAGCUGCGAGCCCUCGGUGGCCACCAGCACCGAGCCGAAACACAAGCCACCCAUCGAGCGCUUUUCGAAUCUGGCUCCAACGCUGCCCUGGCUCAGGCACUCUUCCGGCAGAAUGGCUCGACGUUUUCUUACCACCGCGAGCUCAAGGGCCAUUUUGGCUGCGUCAAUGCCAUCGCACUCAGCAAGCGUGAGAGCGCUCUCCUGGCCUCUGGAGGGGACGACACCCGGGUUCUAAUAUGGAAGGUCUAUGAGGAGUCUGGCACACAGAAACCCAUCGCUUGCUUCUCCGGACACACCGAGAACAUUUUCUGUCUCCAGUUUGACUCGACAAACCAGAAACUCUAUUCAUGUGCAGCAGAUGGGAUGAUCAUCCAGUACAUGGUCGAGCGAGGCAUCGCAUCGUACCCACGCACUCGCCUUCCGUCGAAUAUCAGUUCCGCGCACGACGACAUGAUGAGCAAGAUUUCGAUCAUGCCGACCGACGACAACAUCCUGCUCUCAUCCGGACAUGACCACUGCAUCAACCUCUGGGACAUGAGGUGUCCCGAUCCUUUCCAAGCAGCUAUCGUAGGACAGUCAGCCCAGAACAGCGUCGAAUUCAAUCCAGUACACGAUACGAUGUUUCUCAGCUCGGACUCCAGCGGCAAUAUUCUCCUGCGGGACCUGCGAUGCUUUCGAACCAGGCCGUCGGUGCAAGCGAGCACUCCGACGUCAGCCAGCGGUGUCCUGAUGAAGUACUCCACCGAUAUCGAGAAGCACGGAGAGCGAGCCCGGCCGUUGGACAUUCCUUCGGCUACAUGGAGUCCCGACGGAAGCCACAUCGGCACCGUAUUCCAAAAAUUCUAUCCCACGCUCUACCACAUCUCCCGUUCUGAGCCGAUCUGCAUAUUCAAGUCAAGGAAUAAAGAGAAGCACAACGGAUUUCGCUCGGCACAAACGAUCAAGACUGGAGCCUUUGGUAACCUCUUGGGCAGUCAUUUUGCCUGCGGAAGCGAAGAUUUUCGCAUCUAUGGAUGGGAGGUCCCGAGGAGCGCCGGUGGAGAUGUCGUGCUUCCAGACACUGGCACAUCCAGCACCAACACCAGUCAAGAUAUUGCCUUUGUCGUCGAUGGCCAGCGAGUUCAUCCGCCGCAAAUACAAGAGACUUUUGUGCUCGAAGGCCCAAGAAGCAUCGUCAAUUCGGUCUUGUUCCAUCCGUAUAUGCCAUACGUCUAUUCUGCCGGCGUUGAAAAGGUCGUUCGACAGCACUCCAUCUUCCGCUUCCCACAUCAACGCGAUGCACAGGACACACGCAACAUGUGCCCCGACCGGUUACCGCCGACGGUGCGAGAGCGCCGCUGGGCGCUGCUUGGUCUGGUGGUCCCUGCCUACGAUCCACCCGACUCCUAUUCGACUGAAGAAGACAUAUCGACGCUGCGGUUUUUCGAUGCCCUGGUCGACACAGACCGGACGGACGGCGACUGGGGUGAGGAGCUGUCCUUCCAUGGCAGCGAUUCAAGCGACACGAGCGAUGCGAGCAGCAGCAAUGUCGACUCCGAGCUGGAACCCAGCGAGAGUGACGAGAUUGAUACAAGCUUGUCGUCGGACUCGUGGACUACGAUCGACGAUCUCGAUAACAGCGCCGAAGCCGACGCUGAAACGGAGAUUGUGGCCGACGCGCUGGGAGUGGAGGUACCCGCUGGCGAGGUGGAAAGUACUGCGGAGGCAAUUCGCGGCAGCAGUAACGCUGCUACAGCGAGCAGUAGGAGCGGAGCAGGCACCAGUCCGGCCAAAGCAACACUCGAGACCGAGACCACCAAUCUGGCCGAUCGCGACGAAGCAGGGUCGUCGGCUCACAAGCGGCCACCGGAAUCACCAUUCGAACAGCCUCGGCAAAAAAAGAGGCACGAAAGCCCGUCGCGAGACCGUGACCCGGACAGCUCUUGAUAUCGUCGAGGGUCGCUUGCUCGUCAGGAGCCUUCCCCAAAACAACUCAAGACGCCGGCU